GCUGAUUGGACGCGGCGCGCGGCCCGGGCCGAUGGAGGCGAUGUAGCCGCGGCCGCCCCGGGAGCGCCCGGGACGGCGCCGCAGGGCGCUGGCCAUGGAGCCGGGCACCAUCGACAACCUGUCCAUCCUGUACCAGAGCUCCGACUUCAUCGUGGUCAACAAGCACUGGGACAUCCGCAUCGACAGCAAGAUGUGGUACGAGACGCUGACCCUGCAGAGCCAGCUCCGGCACCGCUUCCCCGAGCUCGCCGACCCCGACACCUACUACGGCUUCAGGUUCUGCCACCAGCUGGAUUUCUCCACCAGCGGGGCCCUGUGUGUCGCUCUCAACAAGGCGGCGGCGGGAAGCGCCUACAAGUGUUUCAAGGAGCGGCUGGUGACCAAAGCCUACCUCGCCCUGGUGAGGGGCCACGUCAACCAGAGCCGGAUGACGAUCCGCUAUGCCAUCGGGAAGAACACCACGGAGGGCAGGACCCACAUGAUGUGCAUCGACGGGACAGAGGGCUGUGAAAAUCCCAAGCCUUGCCAGUCGGAGCUGAUCGUGCUGGAGCACGGAUCCUACAGUGGAGACCCCGUGACCAAAGUGCUGCUGCAGCCCCUGACAGGGCGGACUCACCAGCUGCGGGUUCACUGCAGUGCUGUCGGUCACCCCAUCGUGGGGGACUUCACGUACAGCCUGGGCCAGGACAGCAGCCCCUACAGGAUGAUGCUCCACGCCUACUACCUGCGCAUCCCCGCGCGCGGGGAGCUCAUCGAGGUGUGCGCGCCCGACCCCUUCGUCCCCGCCAUGGACGGCAACUGGGAGCCCCAGCGCGUCACCCGCCGGCUGGAGGACACCAUCCAGGAGCUCAAGGACAAGGUGACGCAGGAGGAGCAGGAGCAGCAGGGCCAGGAGGCCGUGGGUGGUGGUGCGGAGGAGGAGCAGCCCCGGAGCGAAGCCGGGAGCGCGGAGCCGGAGGAGCAGCGGGCGCGGUGCCAGCAGUGGUUGGCAGAGUGGGCUCUGGAGUGAGCACGAGCCACGUCCCUGCGUUUCCAGCUCCAUCGUUGUCCCAGUGGGUCCCCUCGGAGCCCAGCGCUGACUCCACGCCUGCACCUCCUGUAUGCCAAGGCUUCCCUCGCUCACGGGGCUGGAUUAGGCACAUUGAUCAGCGGUUAGGGUGGGUUUGCUUUUUAAUGUCCAUCAUCCAGCUGGCCACGGGAUGCCCCUUCCCCAAUUCCAGGCCUCAGCAGCAGAGUCAGUGUCACACACCAGCUUAGAGUGACCCCAAAGCUUCCCAUCCCUGUCCUGGGGCUCGGGCCCAGCCAGGGCAGCACAGACACUGCCUUUGCCAUGACAUUCCCACAAACCCUUCGUG